AUGAGUGAUAAUGACAACUUGCUCUCCAUCUCUCAGAAACUACUAAAAAAGAUAUCCAAUCGAGCAUUAAGUGACACUAAUUCAGAUACAAGCGACACCAUGGAUAGUUCUCCUGAAGUACCAAGUCCUCAACUGACUGAACAAGCAUUUCAAAACGACUCGAGAUUCAGAAAAUAUGUGCAACUAGUGGAAAAGAAUUUGCAAUCGUUUGAUGCAGUGAAUGAAUGGGCAGACAUCAUCUCUUUUCUCGGCAGAUUACUCAAGUCAUUUCAAGCAUAUCCUCAAUUUCCAAUUAUACCUCGCAAGCAGUUGGUUGCCAAGAGAUUAGCGCAAUGUUUAAAUCCAGGUUUUCCCGCUGGUGUUCAUCAAAAGACAUUAGAAGUGUAUGCUUUUAUAUUAAAGACCAUUGGGUCGGAUCAGCUGGCAGAAGAUUUAGCAUUGUGGUCGACAGGUUUAUUCCCGUUUGUUCAGUAUGCCGCUACACAUGUCAAGCCUCAAUUGCUGACGAUUUUCGAGAGAUACUACAUUCCAUUAAAGGGCAAAUUACGACCUGCCAUGCGAGGAUUCAUCAUUGCAUUGUUACCAGCAUUGGAGGAAGAAGGAAGCGAGUACUUUGAUAAAGUGGUAUUGUUGAUCGAGAGUGUAUCAGAGACGGUAGAGCUACCCUUCUUCUACUCGUGUAUGUGGUUGGUGAUGAUUGGCAGUCCAAGUCUUCGUCCACCAGCGUUGAAUUACUUGCUUCGAAAAUUGCCCAAAAUUACAGACAGAGAAGCGGUUGCUCUUGUAUUGGGUGGCAAAGAGAAUGUCAGUUUGAUGGUGAGAGCCUUUGCCUCAACGCUGGAUGAUCAACGACUACUGGUGCAACGUGGCAUAUUGGAAUUAUUAGUGCAAAAUUUCAUGCUCAAGAGUCGCAUGAUUCCUCACGACGAUUUAGUGAUUUUAAUGCGAGCUGCUUUGGGGAUUGUGCUGCGAAAAGACAUGUCGCUGAACAGACGUUUGUAUGCAUGGCUGUUGGGAGCAGAAGGAACAACCCAGGCACAAGUCUUGUAUUUCAACACCUUUGCAGAGAAACCAGCUACACAAGCAGUGAGAGGCAUGCUACAGGCACAACAGCAUCAACAUUCAGACACAUCAUCAACAGACGUGGAGCAGCAACGACCUUACAAAAUCUUGAUUUCAUUGAUGGAUAAAUGGGAGUUGGGACAACCUAUUGUCAACAAUGUGUUUGUGGAUUCGCUGAUCAGUCUCAAAUCCAACAUGAAAUCUAAAAAGCAGCACGAUGAAGUGAUCAAAACGGCCAACAUGUGGAUGGACAUGGUGGAGCCGUACCUGAUUUGCAUGAAACUGUUCGAAUUGAUAGACACUUGCUUUUCAGGCACAACGCCCAAAAAGGGAGCCAAAUUCAGCGAUCACUUGGAAACCCUGCGAUUGAUACAAUUCACACUAGAGUCAUUCCACUUUGCAGACGACGAAAUCAGACAAAUCCACUUUUCAUUGAUCGUUGCCGCAUUGUGUAAAAAACUGAACGAUGCCCUGAAACGCCCAAAUUUCAUUGAACUUUUGCCUCAAGUCAGUCAGUGCAUCACACUGAUUCUUACCCUCUUGGAUCGCUUACCUGAAUCUGUGCUUUCGAACCGAGCCGCACCUGCAAUCAAAGAUGACAACAGCAAGGAAGGUCGUAAGCAGUUUACAUCAGAUAUGAGCAUUUUAGACUAUGUGCGCGAGUUUUACGGCAUAGGAGUAGGAGGGCCAUCAUCUCAGCAAUCGCCAAAACAACUGUUAGAAACAGACAACGACGGAGACCAACUCAAUAGCAGCAACAAUGAAGAAGCAGGCGAUUUAUCGUCUUCUGCCAACAUGUCGAAAUCUCAGCCCCAGCAUCAACCGUUCCAGUCUCGUCCUGAAUACGACCCCUUACGUGGACAAUUGCUCGUUAAAGAGAUCUCCAACCACCUUGCCAGCUUUUUGAUCGACCUCGUCAACGAUUACAUCAUUGCCAACAAUCUGCUGAGUGGCGUCGAUGUCGGUGUAGAGGGAAAACGACUCAAGCAUAUUGAACACCAUUUGGAGCAUGUAUUUCUAGCUGCCUGCACUGCUCUCACUUUGAUUGCCAAAUAUGCUGACAACGACACAGAAUUGAAACGAUCAGAGGCACUCACUGCUGUCCUGCUGAAAUGCUGUCAGCAAGUGCAAGUGUUUGGCAUUGUAGAUGCAGGCUUAUCUACACUGACAUUGCUUGUCAAACACAAGCGAUUCAUCAACCCAUCAGUCCUUCAGCACGCCUCACAGAUCAAAGCCAUUGUAGACAGAUUAUGGGGGUUUUUAUCGCCAUCACUGCAGCUACUUCACAUGCGCACAGUAGAGCUGUUAUGGCAGCUGAUUGACACUUCUCUGCCGCAUCAGAUUGAAACCAUCAUUUCCAAUUACAUCAUCCACCCCGAAAAUGAUCAGGAGAGACUCAGCAGCUAUGAAAAGUUUGGCGUGGUGUGGGAGCUGUCUGACAGUAUGCCAGGCGCCAGUAUGACCUUCUCAAGGCCCAUGUUCCUGAUGCUGGAUUUACUGCGAGACGGUGCCUCGCCUUUGGACCGAAGGGCGGGCGAUUUGUGGAUUCGAUGCCAUCUAAAAAGCUAUGUGCGACUCUUGGAGCCAUUUCUGUUGGCCAUGCUGGAUCAGCACAUUUUGCGUCGAUCCACAGAGCUUAGUGUAGAAUGGAGAGAACAGCGAUUCAAGAACAAGACAGAGCAAAAGACCACACGCAUUUCGUAUUUCGUCUAUUUAAAGGCGUUUGAUACAGAUGUCGUUGAUUACAUGUUUGCUACGCUCAUCACACUCAUUACAUUCGGUGGUCUCAAUGUGCUGAAAACAUGCAAGAAUCACACAAUUGAUCAUGAAGGGAAGAUUGCAAAAAUGGCACAAGCAGCAUUGGACUACGACACCAGCAAACCCUUGACGUAUUUGGAUCUGUUAGUAUUGAUUGCAAUCAGAUAUGUAGACACCGAGCCGAGAGACACCAUCGUUCAUUCACUUGGCAAGCCUGUUUGCAGCAUCCAACUCCACGCGGCUGAUUUACUGUACCUCAUCAUCUCCAAGCUUGAUUUUGUCAACAUGAAGCUAGUCCAGCAAGUGCAAAUGAUGGUGCUUCACAAACUACUGUUUUGCAUUACCCGAGAAAAUCUGGAUUUGCAGCAAAAACUGCUGCAUUUGCUACACGCUUGUUUAGCGAUUACAUGUGCAAGCACGACACAUAAGGACAAGUCGCCUAACGGUCAUCAAAAGAAGGGCUCAGUAGACAGCAUCAAUUCGGUUCAUAUCGUGCAGCAGCCCAACGAAGCCAUUGCACUGAUUCAGGCGUCCUCUGACUUGUAUGUCAAGUGCAUCACUGACGCCUUCUCCAAGGCCAGCAAUCGCAGCAUGCUCCAGCAUUGGAUGGAUUUUGUGUUGGCCACACUGCCUUACAUAAAGCAUGGUUUUCGUACCUUGGUUGUGCCUGUGCUGAUGUGCAUCUGCCAUCAAAUUAGCCUACGCUGCGAUACAAUUGAAAUUGCCAUCCAUGAAAAGCCCAACACAUCCUCGUGUACGUUGGUUGAAAAGGAGGUGAUGGUGCUCCUGAUAGGUCUUGAAAAGAUGCUUAUGUUCUGCUUGACGGAGCGUGUGCUGAAUGACGAGUGGUUUAUCAAUGCAAGCACAGACUUGCCUAUUCCCCACAUCCCUGACAGUUCCGCCUUGAUUGGUCUGGCUCAAGUCGUGCAUGCAGAGGAACUCCCCAAACUGAACGAGAAACCAAGAGAGACCAUGAUGUACCACUUGCCAGUUGUACUGCAAAUCUUGCUCAACGCAUGGCAUGCUUUCCGACGACCGCAAUGGGACGAACAGACCAUGCUCUCCAUGGGGGAUGCCAAAGUAGACGCCAUCCUGCACAGCUUUUCUAACGCAGCAGAUCAAGCAAAAGGCAGACUGGAGAUCAUCUUUGAAAAGCUGUUCAAGUACUCGACUGUGGAUUUUGUGGAGGGCUUGACCGAGAUAUUCUACAUGGAGAACCCCUCAGCACUCGAAUUUGAUCAGACACCCGAGCAGGAGGAGCAUUUUGAGACGAUCGCCUUGGAUAUCCUGUCCUACACGCCUUCCAGCACACCCCAGCAUGUGAUCUCUACACUGCUCGAGAGCAUUCGACAGAGAACGCCUGGCACGUACCAAAACAGACGAAGAAAGAUCUUGCGCCAGGGCAAAUUAACGGAUACUUCUAUAUUAAGGUUCGCCGAGAUUUACUGUGGUUACAUCAAGAAUCCCGAGUCCAUCGUCUUGUUAUGGCCCAUCAUCCACUCAUUCUCCAAAGACUAUCUCUCGCAGGCCAACACCUACAAGAUCUUUCUGCCCAGUUUGAUGCGGUUUUUGACAGUCGCUCUAGAGGAGCUGUCGAAAUCCAGUGGGUACGAGCAGGACAGACGCAUCCGCAAAGACGCACAAGAGCUAUAUCAGCGUUGCAUUGAUUACUGUAUUCUGAUAUCUGGCAAAUCAUUUGAUCAGAGCCUGUGGAUGCGUGGCAGAAGCACAAUAUACGAUGAUGGUGACGAUACAUCAUCAAUUCAUACUGUGGAAUCCAAUGAAACACAUUACAACCAAAUCACACAGCACAGCAAUCACAGCACUGCAUCGCAUACUACAGAUACCAUGACCCGCAAUGUCUCUACCAGCAUUGUAUCCGACAUGGAAAAGAAGGCUAGCUGGAAGCUGCGAGAAGAUAUUAUGAUCACCCAAGUCAAUCAGUAUCUGGCACAUCAAGUGAUACCUCGUCUACGCCAGCUCAUUGGAGACAACGACAAGAUCAACUCGCUGCUAAACAACAUGGUGUACUAUGUUGUGGGGCCCUCACUCAAGUCCAAGACCAAGAGUCCUGUGGUGCUGGAUCAGCUGUGCGAGAUGGCGCGUAUGCCAUUCACUUACAAGACGUGGCGAAAGGAGAUUUGGGAGGUCUUUAUCGACAAUCGUUUCUUUUACAUGAACAGUGCAACGUGCAAGAAAUGGCUGGGUAUCAUACAAACAGCAUUCAGCAUUGAAAAGGAGCGAAUGACAGAGCUCAUGGCUCGCAUCACAACCUCGCCUUCCAACACCUUCUUCUCAAGCAAGGAUCAAGAGACACUCAAUCGAUCACUCAAUCUAAGAAGGCUUUCGUUUGUCUUGUUUGCAGGUUCAAGAGACCAGUACGUGCCCCAACUACCCAUCAUUCAGGAAAAGAUUGUAGAACUGCUCAAGCUGGAUCACGGUGAAAUGGUGCACAUGGAGAUCUAUCUCUGUCUGCGUAUCAUCCUGCUGCGCUUCUCUCAAAAGCAUCUCAUGAACUUUUGGCCGCUGCUGAUCACAGAACUGAUGCGUCUGUUCAACUCGUUUGUAUAUAAUGAUUUCCAAGAUCGACCUGAGGAGGCACAGAUUGCACUGGCUGGAUGCAAGUUUUUGGAUCUGCUGUGUACGCUCGAACUGGAUGCUUUUCAAAUCUAUCAAUGGAUCUUUAUUCGCGACACGGUGGAAACUGUCAUCAAAACCAAAACGGAAGGACCUAUACCCAUCAUGGAAUCACUGAAUGAAAAGAUGACCAAAAUUACCACAGCAGAUGCCUUUGAUUUCAGCCUAUCCGAGUCCAGCAUGCAGCCAUCGUUGGGAUCUCUGAAGCGACCCAUGCUGACCAUGCACAGCAUAGCAUCGAUACGCCAAUUAUCCUUCUUUAUCGAGCAUGUUGGCUUAUACGUAUACCAGUCGUCAUUUACAUUAUCCAAACCUGAUUUACCCUUUAUAGAAAGCCUCUUACAAACAGACUUGUUGGAAGAAGACACUUUUGUUGCAACAGUGGAUUAA